GAAAAAAAAAGUUGAGCGGCUUUCAAACUGCUUACCACUGUGGAGAGCUUGCAUCAAACAUCACCGCCCUUUACGCGUUUGCCCGGGCUUCUGCAUUUCUUUUCUGCUGCCAGCGGCUGCAUUGCAAACAAGACAAGGAAGAAAAGAAAAAAGAAAUUAAAUAGAAGGAGCUCCGGAUUUUAUUCCUUCUCCUUUUGCAUUUCUUUCUUUUCCAAGUUUCCUUAUUUCUGUUCUUCUUUCACUUGCAUAGGCUCCGAAAUACCCCGCCAUCCGCCCACAUCAACACAAAUCAUCACCACCAUGGAGGACCAACUAGCACAUCUUCUCGCCGAGGCCCAGCGCAGCGAGCAGGCUCCCCGUCAGCAGGCCGAAAUAGAGCUUAAGCGUGCCCAGACAAACCCUGCCUACCCGACGGCACUCGCCAACAUUGCGUCUCACACCUCCAUCAACACCGGCAUCAGACAAGCUGCGCUGAGCACGCUGCGUCUGUUCAUUCAGAACAACUGGGCCGUUGGGGACCCCUCCAAUGAGAACCCGAUCCCUAUUGCCGACGAGACGAGGCAGGUUCUGCGCCAGACACUGUUGGACUUGGCUGUGAGCUCCGAGAACGACCGCCUUGUAAAGGUGGCCACCAGUUAUGCUAUUGGCAAGAUUGCUAUCCACGAUUUUCCCGAACAGUGGCCUACCCUCCUCCCCACCGUCCUCAGCGUCGUCCCCAACGGCAAUGACUCUCAGCUGCACGGUGCACUCAAGGUCCUCGGUGACCUGGUCGACGAGAGCUUGAGUGAGGACCAGUUCUUCUCCAUGGCCCGCGAAAUUGCAAAGACGCUCACCGAAGUUGCUAUCAACGAAUCGAAGAAACCCACACUCCGCGCCCUCGCUAUCAAGGUCUUCUGCGGCUGCUUCGACCUCAUGGACAUGGUGAAGGAGGACCACGCCAAGGAGGUUAAGGCCUUUGCCGAGGAGGUCCUGACGGAAUGGAACCCUCUGUUUAUUAGUGUCCUCAAGGCUCCUCUGCCUCAGGAGGAGGGCAGUACGUUCCAGAGACAGCCUUCCAGCUGGAACCCCGCCAUCGCGCUCAAGCUUCAGGUUGUAAAGACGCUGUUGCGCAUCCGCCGCGUUUUCCCUACCGUCUUGCUUCCUCAGAGCACCACCCUGUUUACGGCUGUCUGGGAGGAACUCAAGAACAUGCUGCCUUACUACGAGCAGCUCUACCUCAACAACGAGGCUCAGGGCCGCCUGGAGGACUCCGACGGCCUUGGCUAUACCCUCGACUUCCUCAUCUUGGAGGAGCUUGACUUCUUGAACCAGUGCUUCCGUGCUGCCCCCGUGCAGGCUGAACUCGACGGCCAGCUCCAGGCCCACGCCUCUGCUGCUGAUGUGCCCUGGAUGAUGGAGAUUAUGCAGAUGCUCGUCGGCUACUCUCGCGUUAUGCGCGAAGAGGAGGGGCUUUGGGAUAUUGACUGCUCGCUCUACCUCGCCGAGGAGACGUCUGUCUCGGCCAACUACACGCCUAGAAUUGCCGCUGGCGAUUUGCUCAUCAAGAUGGGCGAGUGGUUCAAGCACAAGACUCUCGAGGGUCUCUUUGGCUACACCAAGAGCCUCUUCCAGGGCGAGGGUGCUGGAUGGCGUCCCCAGGAGGCUGCCCUCUACCUGUUUGUAAUGCUCGUCUGCGACUUCCAGGAUCUUGGCAAGCCUAUUCCCGCUGAUAUUGCUGGUGCAUACCUUGAGCUCGUCGAGUUCUCCAUCAACAGAGCUGACGAACCUCUGCUGCGCGCCCGCGGCUUCCUCGUUGCUGGCGCCGUUGGUCGUGCCUUUGAGACCCCUCCUGCUCUCAUCGACCGUAUGAUCCAGUCCAUUGGCACCGAGCCCUCCGAGGUGGUCCAGGUUGCCUGUAUCAAGGCCGUCGAGAACCUGAUUAGCGCCGGCAAGGUCACCUCUGACCGCCAGGUUGCCAUUAUCUCUGCCAUCCAGCACUACCUCAACAACAAGGAUGCCGAAGAGCUGGAGGAGGCUGACGAACUUCUUGUUGUCCUCGCCGAGGGUCUUCGCGCCGCCAUCAGCCUCAACACAAGAGUUGCUCUCUCUACUGAGGUGCAGUCUGUGGAGCUUCUCUUCCUGCUCGCCAAGGUUGGCGCCAGCAACUUCCAAGUCACCAUGUUUGUGGCUGAAGGCUUUGAGGAAAUCGUCGACAGCCUCAACGAUCCCGAGUCUUUCAAGGUCCUUUGCUCCAGAGUCCUGCCCGGCUUGACUGCCGCGUACGACUCUGUCGACCCCAAGAGCGACGACCCUCUCGUCACUGUUGCCACUGAGCUGUUGGCUGUCAUGACAGAAAACGCCUCCAGCCCCCUUCCCGAGGGCUACGUCGCUGCCGUCUUCCCCAAGCUGUCGCGUCUUCUCAUGGAGACUUCUGAGGGUGAGAUCCUCCGUCCUGGUUCUGAGACUAUCAAGUACAUGCUUGUCCACGACCACCAGCAGGUUCUCACAUGGCAGGACGAGUCUGGCAGCUCUGGUCUGGAAGUCUGCCUGCACAUUGUAGACAGACUUUUGGGCCCUGCCAUUGAAGACACCUCUGCCUCUGAGGUUGGUGGCCUCGCUGCUGAGCUCGUGGAGAAGGCGGGUCAUGAGCGCCUUGGUCCUUUCUUGCCCCAGCUUCUCCAGGCUGUUGCCAACCGCUUGGCUACUGCUCAGGCCGCCGCUUUUAUCCAGUCCUUGAUUCUCGUCUUUGCCCGUCUUGCCCUCAACGGCGCCCAGGAUGUUGUCGAGUUCCUUAGCCAGAUUCAGAUUGAGGGCGAGAACGGUCUUCAGGUUGUCAUUGCCAAGUGGCUCGAGAACUCUGUCAGCUUUGCUGGCUAUGACGAAAUCCGUCAAAACGUCAUUGCCUUGUCCAAGCUCUACUCGCUCAACGAUGCCCGCCUCUCGCAGGUCCAGGUCAACGGUGACCUUGUCCCUGCCGAAGACGACGGGUUGAUCAAGACUCGCUCCCGAGCCCGCAUGAGUAUGGAACCAUAUGACCCCCCUGGACCACCACUAACGGAUGUAGACCCCGACAAGUACACCAUCAUCCCUGCCUCGCUUAAGAUUAUCAAGGUUCUUAUCGAAGAGCUCCUCUCUGCGUCUGGCGCUCGUGCCACUGCUGCCGCCGCCGCCCACGCUAUGGCCAACACAGACGAUCUCGAUGAUGACGACGGCGACGAGGGCUGGGAGGACGACAACGACAUCAUCGACCUCACCCUGGGUGGUACGAAGUCCGACCUCAUGUCGUUCAUCGAGGCCGGUGGCCACCGCCAGCGUGACGACGAGACGCAAGCCUUCCUCACCGAAUUCUUUGUCUCAGCUGCCCGUGACAACAUUGCUAACUUCCAGGAGUGGUACAACUUGUUGACUGAGGACGAAAAAACCAAGCUCAACCAAAUGGCCAGCCCCGAUGGUCAGUAAGAGGCCUGUCUGGCAUACAACAUCAACAUCAACCAUAGACAAAAUACCAAAAAAGAAUACAACAAGAAGGUUAAAAUUAAUGAGGGCCGAAGCCAUUAUGAAGUUAAAAUGAUGAAGGGAAUAUGGACUGUGACAGACUUCCAGUAAGGCAGACCCCUGUGGGCAACAUAAACAUUAUUACACUAUUUUAUCAAUUUCUUUUCCCUCCAAAUAUCAUAACUCGUGAAACCAUGGUAAGCGUACAAACUAUAUCUUCAUUCUUUAAAUAAUAUCUCCUCCGCCUCCAAAGGGGUUACUACCACCAAAGGUGUUGCCUCCAAACGGACCACUACCACGUCCAGGUCGAGGACCACCACCGGGACCUAGAGGAUCCCAUCGAGCACCAGGAGGAGCUUGAGGAUGAUAUCCGUCGCCUGAGCCGGGGAACCCACCGCCGCCUUGGCCGCCAAACAGAGGAUCGUCAAAUGUCGGGUGCAUUCCCGACCCACCGGGCCCUCCGAGCCCUCCUACACCAGGAAUAAACGACGGACGAAGAGGGUCAUGCGGCCCCAGACCCGGCGGAUGCAAAUCAUCAUGGCCAAUAUUAAACGGCGAGCGGCCCGGCAUGCGCAGCGCGCCACCAGCUCCAGGCGGCCGGUUCAUAUCGUACUCGUCGUCAAAGCCCGGUGGCGGGAAAUCCCCCAUAGGCACAGGUGGUCGAGGUCUCGCGGCAUCAGGGAGUGGUCCAGGCUGAGGAUAAACACCUGUUGAUGGGUCACCCGCAAAAGGUCUGUUGGGGCCGCGCGCCUCCUGAUCCCGGCGCUCCUGUGUCGCUUGCUGCUCGGCAUCUCUUGUCUCUGUCUCUGUGUAUCCUUCCUGCUGUAGACGCGGGAUGAGGCGCUGGACAAUCUGCUCACGGAGGUCGGUGAGGAUGCUCUCAAUGGCCUCUGCGGAUGUGAAUGCGGCACGGAGGCGCGCGGGGAGGUCGGAGCGGUCUUCUUGGCCGUUGUUGAGGGUGAUGCGCAGCGGGAGCGCGGAGGACGAGACAACGUCGCGCGUGAGGCGUUCAAAGCGGUAGAUGGUCUCGGCGCCGGCGGCGAGGCCGCGGAUUUCGACUUUGGCGCCCAUGCGGUCGAUGCGGAAGAUGAAGCUAAGGGCGGACUGCUUGUGCUUGUAG